AUAAUGAUAAAUUUUAACUGACUUGUCUGACUUGUCGUCAAACGAUCUGAUUAGUUUAUUAUACACGACUGUUAAAAUACGAACAAAGCCAAAGUGAUAAAUAAAUUUUUCUUUGUUUCAUAUAUAUAAAAAAAAAAAGAAAAUAUAAAGAUGAAAAAUUAUUGGCCUCAAUAUUUAGCAGCAACUACAGCAACAUUAUCAUUAGCAAUUGCUGGUUCACAUGUUGGCUGGACAUCUCCAUCACUGCCUUAUUUAAAAUCAAAAGAAUCUCACCUUGAAGUGACCUCAGACAGUGCUUCAUGGAUCGCAUCAUUUUAUCUUCUUGGAUCAAUACCUGGUAAUUUACUUGCUGCAUUUAUUGUUGAUCGUUAUGGAAGAAAAAGUUGUCUUUUAACAGCAAGUAUACCAUUAUUUAUCGGUUGGGUACUUAUAAUUAUUGCUUGGAAUCCUUAUGUUUUAUAUUUAUCAAGAUUUAUAAGUGGUAUUGGACAGGGAGUUGUAUACGUUGUGUGUCCAAUGUACAUUGGUGAAAUUGCUGAUAAAAAAAUACGUGGUAGACUUGGUUCAUUGAUUAAAUUAAUGGUUACACUUGGUGAGCUAUAUGCACAUGCAAUUGGACCAUUUGUUUCAUACAAAUAUUUAGCAUAUUCAUGUGCAAUUAUUCCCGUAUUAUUUUUUGUAAGUUUUUUAUGGAUGCCAGAAUCACCAUUCUAUUUACUAAUGAGACAAAAUAGAGUAGGUGCUUCAAAAUGCCUACGUAAAUUAGGAAGAUAUGAAAAUGAUGAUAAACUUGAUGAGGUACUUGAUCAAAUGACUAAGGCUGUUGUCAAAGACAUGAAUGAUAAAGGACAUUUUUGGGAUCUAUUUGAUACAAGUGGAAAUCGUAAAGCAGUUGUUAUUAGUUUUGGUCUUCAAGUUAUAUUGCAAUUUAGUGGAAUUGCUGCUAUUGAAUCAUAUACACAAGAAAUGAUUGAUCACAGUGAUGCUAAUGUAUCAUCUGGUAUAGCUGUUAUUAUACUGAGUGUUUUACAACUAAUUGCUGGUUUUGGUGCUGCGGCAUUUGUUGAUAAAAUUGGAAGAAGACCAUUGUUAUUGUUAACAACAUUUUUAGCUGGUAUUACUUUAUUGAUAUCAGGUAUUUUUUAUUUAAUGAAAUAUUAUUUUCAAUUUAAUAUGAUUAAUACUGGCUGGAUAUUUGUUGUAUCAAUUAUUUUUUAUGAAUUAAUAAUUGCUCUUGGACUUAGUCCAUUGCCUUAUUUAAUGCUUGGUGAAUUAUUUCCAACAAAUGUUAAAGGUGUUGCUGUUUCUUUGGCUAAUUUAUGGGCAUCAUUACUUGCAUUUAUUGUAUCAAAAAUGUAUCAAGUUAUUGCUGAUAAUUUUGGUAUUUAUGUAUCAUUUUUUUUAUUUUCUGGAUCAUGUUUUAUUGGUAUUGUUUUUAUAUUUUUUUUUGUACCAGAAACAAGUGGUAAAUCACUUAUGGAAAUUCAAGAAGAACUUAAUUGUGGAAAGAAAAAAAAUAAAAUUAAAAUUUCUAAAGAUCUCAAUGUCAAUAUAAUCACAAUUUAAAUUAAUUUUUUAUUUAUAGAAUAAAAUUUUUAAUUAUGCAAAAAAUAAUUAUAAGCUUUUUUUUAAAAAUAAUCUCAUUAAUCAAUAUUUGAAGAAGACAAGGUCUCAACUAGUAGCGAGAAUCAUUAUCAAGAUAAAUUUACAAAUGCAAAAAUUAAAAAUUAAAAACACUUGGUUUAUUUCCAUGAUGUAAUUUAUAUUUUUAAAAACUACACAUCUUUUUGAAAAAAAAAAAACAAAAUUACUCUGUUAAUUAUUUUUUGCAUAAAUUAAACGAAUUAAACUAUUUUUUGAAUAUUGCCAUUUGGAGAUCACAUGACCAUCAAAUUCAUCCCUUUGAGGCAGGGUGUAAAAUUUACUGAGACUGAAAAUAAUUAAUCGUAAAGUUUAUAAUUAUUAUUUUAUUUUUUUUUUAUAUCAAUCGCUUGAGAAUUAAUUAAAAAUAUUUAUUUUUAAUACUGUAAAAGCGAUUUUUUUUUUAUCAACUUUUAUUUCCCUUUGAAGUAGGGUGUGACAAUUCAAAGACUUUAAACGAUUAUUAAUA